AUGGCGCCCGUUCUGAACCCAAUUGACUACUACGUUCCCGUCGUGAACCGCGGAAUCACCAUUCGCGCCUCGGCCAUCACCUGCAUGAUUGUCUCCUGGGUGGCCGUGGGUUUGAGAUUAUGGUCGCGCUGGAAGUUGGUACGCGCUCUUGGUUGGGAUGAUCUAUUCGUCAGCAUAGCAGCAGGCUGGGCACUUUUUGGAGCUAUCACUUUGACUAAUGAGAUUCCCCACGGGUUGGGCCUACAUUGGUGGACUAUCGUCACAACGAAUGCCGACGGUAGCUCAAAUUACGACACCUACGAAAAGUAUUUUAUGUGGUUCUACCUUACCAACGUCUCUUACGCUGGCGCCACAACCAGCAUCAAACUAUCCCUACUAUUCCAAUACGUCCGCCUGUUUCCGAGAAACAUCCACCCACGAAUGUUCCGCAUCUUGUGCGCCCUCAUCGCCAUCGUUGCAACAUGGGGAAUCACUUUUCUCUUUCUUAUGAUCUUCGCAUGUCAUCCGGUGGAUAAGUCAUGGAAUUUGACCAAACCGGGAAAAUGCAUCAUGUUCGGCGACUUCCAUCCACAAAACGCAUACGCGGCGUACGCCAGUCACACUUCCUCCAACAUGUUUCUGGACACCGUCAUCCUGAUCACACCCAUACCGCUGUUGUACAAGACAAAGGUCGGCAAGCAGGCGAAGCUCGGCAUGGCUGGACUCUUCACUGCCGGAUCACUCGUCGUCAUUACCGCCUCUCUCCGUCUCUGCUUCGUCGUCAGAAACCGCGCCGGCACCUACCCGACAGUUGACCCGCCGUGGUACGCACCUCCCAUCGUCCUCAUGUCCGUUCUCGAAGUCAACCUGGCCAUCGUCACCGCUUCCAUGCCCAUCUUUUGGCCGUACCUUGCGUCCGCCAUCCGCAUGUCCGGCAUCAAGGUGAUGCAAGAAGUCAUCGUGCACUCGGAGCCGCGCAAGCAACCAUACCAAUUCUCCAACUCAUCCUCCAACGGACCCUCGCCCUCGCCCUAUUACCGCCGCGACGACCCCGAAGACCUCGCCGACCGAGAUGACGCCAGCUUGGCCAAGAACGGAUCGGCCAUCGCCGUCAUCGCGGCGACGCAGCGCCGCAGCGGCGAUUCGUCGGACGUGAGCGAGCGAAGGCUGACACGGGAUUGGUGGGACGUGGCGGUAGCGGAUGGGUUUCAGGAAGAAAGAGAGGCGAAGAGGAAGGAUAGUGCUGGUAAUUCUAUGGCGAGGCCGAGCAGCCAGUAUCGCCGCGAACAUCAUUACACGGCCUCGCUACCGUACGACGGCGACAGGCAUAAGCUAUAUUACGGCGAUCCGACGGUGGCGGAGCUUGUGGUGGGGGAUCUGUUUGGGGGAGAGCCGGCCGCCGAUUCGGCUCGUGGAGGCGCAGGUGGUGGGGGUGUUCCCGUGGGGAUUGGUGGUGGACCGACAGAGGGCUUUAUGGGCGCUACAUUUGAGGAGAGGACAACGGGACAUCAGGCUGCGGCGUGGUUUGAGCCGGAACCGGUGGCGUUGGAGGAUCUGAGAGGAAGAGGGAGGAGCUAG